ACAAGACUACAAGUAGUACAACAGCAGCUUUUAGGCUUUUAGCCGAGAUUGUGAUAAGGUCAUCAUAGUACUCCUUCAGUCCCUCAUUAAAUUCAGCACCAUAGUACUACUGACUCUUCUCUCAGUAUUUGAUGCAAACUUCGUCCCCCACAAUUACUUGCAUUAUCACAGGCUUUCAGUAGUACAACUAGCAGUAGUCACUGAUUUUAGUGAGGUUGAGUGAGAUGGGACAUCAUUCAUGCUGUAACAAACAGAAGGUAAGAAGAGGAUUAUGGUCACCUGAAGAAGAUGAGAAGCUCAUAAAUUAUAUUACUACACAUGGUCAUGGUUGCUGGAGUUCUGUUCCUAGACUUGCAGGUCUUCAAAGAUGUGGAAAGAGUUGCAGAUUAAGAUGGAUUAAUUAUCUUAGACCAGACUUAAAACGUGGUAGUUUCUCUCAUCAUGAAGCAUCUCUCAUCCUUGAACUUCAUAGGAUGCUCGGCAACAGAUGGGCUCAAAUUGCAAAGCAUUUACCGGGAAGAACUGAUAAUGAAGUCAAGAACUUUUGGAAUUCAAGCAUAAAGAAAAAACUUAUCUCACCACCAAGAAAUCACCAUAAUCAUACCACUGAAACUGCAACUAUUUUUCCUAUGUCAUCGACACCUGCUUCGACGUCUAAUGAGGGUUUAUUAUCAUCAGUAAUAGUCAGUACUAAUACAACCAACACUAAUUUCACAUUUCCUGAUCAUAACCAACAUCCUAAACAUGUUUACGAUAUCCCUAGUCCAACAUCAUUGGUACAAAGUUUUGAUCAAGGAAUAGAAUUCACAAAAGAUCCAGUAUAUCUCAAUGUUGAUUGGGUUAUGCCACAAACUUCUCAGCCUUUGUUAUAUGACCCUACGUGGUCCUCCUUUGAUAUCGAUAAUCAUAUGCACACGAAUACCGAUUCAACGGAUUUGAUCAAUCCGGAUGACACUCUUCAUGAUGAUCAAAAGAUAGAAGAAUUCAUCAAUGGUAAUGAAUGCCGUAUAUUAUCUUCUACUAAUACUUCUCAUGGUCAAGUAGAUCAUUCAAGUACUGGAAUCGCUCCAUGUUAUUUCCCUUCUCAUCAGCCAUUUUUAUAUGAUCCUGCUAAUUUACUCAACAAUCAACUUGAAUGUGCUGCUGAUUUGAUCUUCAUUCCAUCAUCAGCAGCAACACCAUCAUUUUAAGUAAGCAUUUAAGUUGGUGUGGGGUGGUUAAAUUGUUGAGUAAUAAAAUUAAUAAUUGUGUCGUAGCUGGAUGUUUUUUCAUUGAACCAAUUUGGGCAAAGUUAAUAUUACAAUUAAAAGGUUUGAUAUAUUUAUUUGUGGCAAAAGAUUCUUUAAUGUUUAGGAGGUAAUUUUUGGUGUACAGUCUCUAUAUAUGCAUCUUUGCAUUAAUGUUUGCUUAUGCUCACUGGCACAUUUGUAGUUUUUCUUCAAAUAUCCAU